AUGGAAGAUGCCUUCCUUGACCGCAACACAUCCCCCUUCACAACCCUCGGUCUUCACAGGCUGCCCGUUGGGCUUGUGCGAGAGUGGAUCUUUUGCAAGCUCUUCCGGCAGUCCGAUAAGACGUGUGGACGUGACCAGUCGCAGACGAUCUUUGCAGUCGGGCCGCUUUGUGCAGCCAAGGACCCUUUUUAUCUAUCCACAUCCUAUACCUUCAGUCCUAUUCCAGCUUCUGCUAUUCCGAUCGGCCUUAGCCUAGGACCCAGGACCCUGUGCCCUUAUCCAAGUUCUGCCAUCAAUUUUAUAAGACGUGUUGACGCGGACAGUCGUAGCUGUGCUGUGUGCUCUGGAGGUCUUGUCCGGUAUCCCCUUCAGCUUCUGCGGCGCAGAAGGCGAGACGAGUUCUUGCAUUCUUUCCUAUACUUCACUCUCCCUACGACUUCUUGCCAUACUGUACAAAUCAAUCUACCAUUUACUUUCCCUGCCGUCAACGAGUGUGUGUUUGCGAUUGCAUCGACUGGGUGA